UGAGUCACUUUGCAGAAGUGAAAGUUAAAUAUAGACGAGGAAACUGCACACCGAAACAACCAUUAUCCUGUUCCUCAGAAAGAUAACAUUGCAGCUUAAGAGUCUACCUUUGUCUAGGAAUUAAAGGAAAACAAGAUUUUUAGAAAUGGCGUCCUCUAGCCGUGUCCUGUCUGAAGAGCAGUUCCAGUGCUCUAUCUGUCUGGAUGUGUUCACUGAGCCUGUCUCCACUCCAUGUGGACACAACUUCUGCAACGUCUGUAUCAGCGGAUACUGGGAUACAACUGACCGUUGCCAGUGUCCAAUGUGUAAGAGGACAUUCUACACAAGACCAGAACUCAAUAUCAACACAGCAUUCAGAGAUGUUGUAGAUCAUUUUAAGAUGAUCAGAAUCAGAGACACAGACGAAAUCAGAGACACAGACGAGUCCCCUGCCGAGGCUGGGGAAGUGUCCUGUGACGUCUGCACUGGGACAAGGCUCAAGGCCCUGAAGUCCUGCCUGGAGUGUCUGACCUCUUUCUGUGAGACUCACCUGCAGCCUCAUCAGAGAGUCACCGGCCUGAAAAGGCACAAGCUAAUAGACCCCAUUGACAACCUGGAAGACAGGAUGUGUAAGAAGCAUGACAGACUGCUGAAGCUGUUCUGUAGGACCGACCAGACGUGUGUGUGUCAGUUCUGCAUUGAGACUGACCACAAGACUCACCACGCCGUCCCACUAGAGGAAGAGUGUGGAGAGAGGAAGGUUCAGCUGGGGAAGACGGGGCGACAGAUAUGGCAGAUGAUCCAGGAGCGACUAGAGAAGGUUCAGGAGGUCAAACACUUAGUAGAGCUCAACAAGAGAGACGCAGAGAGAGAAAUAGCGGACAGCCUGCAGGUCUUCAGUGAUCUGAUGGAUUCCAUUCAGAGAAGCCAGGCUGAGUUCAUUGAGGUGGUUGAGGAGAAGCAGAAAGCAGCAGAGAAUCGUGCUGAUGGGCUCAUUAAACAGCUGGAGCAGGAAAUUACUGAGCUACAGAGGAGAAGCACUGAGCUGGAGCAGCACUCACACACUGAGGACCACCUCCUCCUCCUCCAGACCUUCCCAUCCCUGUGUACCCCGAAACACACAAAGGACUGGUCUGAGGUCAGUGUUCACAUUGAUAUGUGUUUGGGGCGACUGAGGAGAGCUGUGUCGGAGCUGGAGCAGACACUUCAGGAGGAACUAGAGAGAGCGGUGAAGAGGUUGUGUGAUGUUGAGCUGAAGACAAUUCAGCAGUGGUCAGCGCAUGUGACCCUCGACCCUGAUACAGCACAUCCAUUCCUCAUCUUGUCUAGGGACCGGAAACAAGUGAGAUAUGGAGGCACGAGGCAGAAACUCCCUGACAACGCAAAGACAUUCUAUAACCCAGAGAGGUUUUUGAAUCACCUCUCUGUCCUGGGAAAAGAGAGUUUCUCCUCGGGGAGAUUCUACUAUGAGGUGCAGGUGAAGGGAAAAGCUGAGUGGCUGUUAGGAGUGGCCAGGGAGUCCAUCAACAGGACAGCUGACAUAAAUAUGAGUCCUUUCAAUGGCCUCUGGACUGUGUAUAUGAGGGGUGAGGAUAUCUAUGAGGCCUACACCUCUCCCCAUGUCCCUCUCUCCCUGAGAGAGAAGCCCCAGAAAGUAGGGGUGUUUGUGGACUAUGAGGGGGGUUUGGUCUCCUUCUACAAUGUGGAGGCCAGGGCUCAUAUCUACUCUUUCAUUGGCUGUACCUUCACUGAGAAACUCUAUCCAUACUUCAACACCUGUGAUAAUGAACUUGGUCCAAACGUAGCCCCAUUCGUCAUCUGUCCUGUCAAUCACACAGACUGAAUGCAAUGUUGUACUUUAGCACAUGAUAUUAUCUGAAAUUAGUAUGGACAUGUAAUCCUAUGCCGCAAUGAUAUCUGAAGUAAUAUGGUGUUAUGUACAGUUGAAGUCGGAAGUUUACAUACACCUUAGCCAAAUACAUUUAAACUCAGUUUUUCACAAUUCCUGACAUAUAAUCCAAGUAAAAAUUAUCUUUCUUAGGUCAGGUAGGAUCACCACUUUAUUUUAAGAAUGUGAAAUGUCAGAUUAAUAGUAGAGAGAAUGAUUUAUUUCAGCUUUUAUUUAUUUCAUCACAUUCCCAGUGGGUCAGAAGUUUACAUACACUCAAUUAUUAUUUGGUAGCUUUGCCUUUAAAUUGUUGACCUUGGGUCAAACAUUUCAGGUAGCCUUCCACAAGCUUCACACAAUAAGUUGGGUGAAUUUUGGCACAUUCCUCCUGACAGAGCUGGUGUAACUGAGUCAGGUUUGUAGACCUCCUUGCUCGCACAUGCUUUUUCAGUUCUGCCCAAACAUUUUCUAUAGGAUUGAGGUCAGGGCUUUGUGAUGGCCACUCCAAUACCUUGACUUUGUUGUCCUUAAGCCAUUUUGACACAACUUUGGAAGUAUGCUUGUCCAUUUGGAAGACCCAUUUGCGACCAAGCUUUAACUUUCUGACUGAUGUCUUGAGAUGUAGCUUCAAUAUCUCCAAAUAAUUUUCCUUCCUAAUGAAGCCAUCGAUUGUGAAGUGCACCAAUCCUUCCAGCAGCAAAGCACGCCCACAACAUGAUACUGCCAUCCCCAUUUUUCACGGUUGGGAUAGUGUUCUUCGGCUUGCAAGCAUCCCCCUUUUUCCUCCAAAAAUAACGAUGGUCAUUAUGGCCAAACAGUUCUAUUUUUGUUUCAUCAGACCAGAGGACAUUUCUCCAAAAAGUAUGAUCUUUGUCCCCAUGUGCAGUUGCAAACCGUAGUCUAGCUUUUUCAUGGCGGUGUUGGAGCAGUGGCUUCUUCCUUGCUGAGCAGCCUUUCAGGUUAUGUCGAUAUAUGACUCGUUUUACUGUGGAUAUAGAUACUUCUGUACCUGUUUCCUCCAGCAUCUUCACAAUGUCUUUUGCUGUUGUUCUGGGAUUGAUUUGCACUUUUCGCACCAAAGUACGUUAAUCUCUAGGAGACAGAACGCGUCUCCUACCUGAGCGGUAUGACGGCUGCGUGGUCCCAUGGUGUUUAUACUUACAUACUAUUGUUUGUACAGAUGAAUGUGGCACCUUCAGGCGUUUGGAAAUUGCUCCCAAGGAUGAACCAGACUUGUGGAGGUCUACAAUUUUCUUCUGAGCUCUUGGCUGAUUUCUUUUGAUGUCAAGCAAAGAGGCACAAAGUUUGAAGGUAGGCCUUGAAAUACAUCCACAGGUACACCUCCAAUUGACUCAAAUUAUGUAAAUUAGCCUAUCAGAAGCUUCUAAAGCCAUGACAUAAUUUUCUGAAAUUUUCCAAGCUGUUUAAAGGCACAGUCAAAUUGGUGUAUGUAAACUUCUGACCCACUGGAAUUGUGAUACAGUGAAAUAUAAGUGAAAUAAUCUGUCUGUAAACAAUUGUUGGAAACAUUACUUGUGUCAUGUACAAAGUAGAUGUCCUAACCGACUCACCAACACUAUAGUUUGUUAACAAGAAAUUUGUGGAGUGGUUGAAAAACAAGUUUUAAUGACUCCAACCUAAGUGUAUGUAAACUUCCGACUUCAACUGUAUAUAGUCUAUAGGUAAAUGUGUAUGUACUGGGUUGAAAUAUUACUAUAUAACUAUAAAUGUGGAGGCCAGGUCUUAUAUCUACUAUUUUACUGGCUACACCUUCACUGAGAGACUUUAUCCGUACUUCAAUCCCUGUGAUAAUUACGACGGUACAAUGAUAGCGCCAUUGGAAGGAUCUGUGGUUCAAAACGUUGAUCCGGCUAGGUGAAAAAUCAUUGACGUGCCCUUGAGCAAGGCACUUAUUAACCUUAGUUGCUCUGGAUAAGAGCAUCUGCUAAAUGACUAAAAACGUUGACUCUCUAGCCUGCUAUACACACCAUCUCUUAUCCCCCAGUCCCUCUGCUUGGAACUGACUCCUCUUCUUUCCUGUGUCCUUCCAUCUACAUCUCUCCCUGCAGCACUGAUAAGAGAAUUGCAUUAUAUUCUGUAGGCCUAAUAAAUGUUUCGAUUUUGUCAAGAUUCCAUAAUGCCUAUUUGAAUUUAAUUGGAAUAAUAACUUGAUCAUUGCAUCAUGAAUCAGUUUGUAAACGCCAAGCGCCAAUCACCGCAUGCAGACACACAUACCAACAUCGAUCACUAGGACGACAAUACUGCGUUGCUACGACAACCACACUCUCCUCCAUCGCUAUGGGAACCAUCCUCAUUCUCUCAGCUCCCAUAAUCCAUUUCACAUUCUCAAUGAGCAUUUGACACGGUUCACAAGCACACACAGAGAGUUGAGACUAUAUGGGGGGUUGUCUGUGCUCUAACACACAGA